UUUAAAAUCUUAGUGGAAAAACAGAAAAGUUUAGGAAGGUGGAAGAGACUUUCCCUCCUACACUACACACUAGUAAACUCUUAGAGAUAGUUUUUCUCCACACGUUUCAUUCUUCCGUUUGUAUUCUAUUGUGGAAAAUGGCGACGGAAAUGGAAUCGGCAUUGAUAUUUCUGGGAACGGGAAGUUCGGGAUCGGUUCCCUACAUGAGUUGCCUCAUUGAACCUUCAGAUCCGCCGUGUUCUGUUUGCACUCAAUCCCUGUCUCUCCCACCUCAAUCCAACCCUAACUACAGGUGCAAUACCUCUCUGUUAAUCAAAUAUUACUCUCAAACCGAUGCCACUCACAAAUAUAUAUUGAUUGAUGCUGGCAAGACCUUCAGGGAAUCUGUACUUAGGUGGUUUGUUUUCCAUCGCAUUCCCAGAGUAGAUUCUAUUCUUUUGACUCAUGACCAUGCUGAUGCAAUCCUUGGAUUGGAUGAUAUUCGUGCUGUGCAGCCAUUUAGUCCCACAAAUGAUAUUGAUCCCACCCCAGUUUACUUAACUCAACGCUCAAUGGAGAGAAUGGAAACGGUCUUUCCUUAUUUGGUUAAGAAAAAACAGAAAGAAGGGCAAGAAAUCCGAAGGGUGGCCCAGUUUUGCUGGAACAUAGUUGCUGAAGAUUGUAAUCAACCUUUUUCUGCGUCAGGCUUAAAAUUGACUCCUUUGCCAGUAAUGCAUGGAGAGGAUUAUAUCUGUCUGGGUUUCCUUUUUGGUAAUAAAGAUAGGGUGGCUUAUCUUUCUGAUGUUUCACGGAUUCCAGCUAGUACAGAGUAUGUCAUUUCGAAAAAUGGGGCUGGACAGUUGGAUCUUCUUAUUUUGGAUUCAUUGAAAAAGACCGGAUCACACAAUGUUCACUUUUGCCUUCCACAGGCCCUUGAAACUGUGAAGAGGUUGUGUCCAAAGCAAACCUUAUUGAUUGGAAUGACUCACGAGUUUGAUUACUACAAGGACAAUGAGUUUUUAAUGGAGUGGUCCAAAAGGGAAGGACUAUCGGUGCAACUUGCUCAUGAUGGCUUGAGAGUUCCCAUAAACUUAUAGUAAGAUGUGAGUGUCGUGACUGAGUGGAGUUCUUGGAGAUUAAUAAUGUGCGUAGAAGAGUCUUGUGAGAUCGCAAUACUGUAACGAAAGUAGUAGAAAGAUCAAGGUGCAACAUGGCUGGAGCAAGCAAUAUUGUUCUCGGAUCCUUACCUGUUUUCGAUGGGAAGUUAUUUGACUUUUAAUUCAGAUUGUUUAAAGUGAUAUAUCAUUGAUAACUUAUAUUUUAAACUUUAAGCUCACCUUUUACCAUAGUUAUAGAAAUGUACUAUCUCUUUACCAUAAUGACCGUAGUUUUGGUCAUCUAAAGAAAGAAAAUUUCUAAAUUGACUGAUGUGCUCAUCUUCAGUUG